AUGGCUACUCUUUUCGUCGACUACAAUAGAAAAUUCAACAACAUACCUCAUCCUCUGGUGAAGAUGGCAUGUUGCUUUCAGUCUUCCCAUGCUUCACGUGCCGAACAAGCCAGGGAAGCUGCAGCAAAAUUUCUGGAGUAGCCUUUCCACCGUUACCUCCACUGCAGUCCUCUGUUUUUUUCUUUGCCUUGAGGAACUUUUUUUUUUCUUUUUUUUUUGUCAUUUAGCAGACGCUCUUAUCCAGAGCGACUUACAGUUAGUGAGUGCAUACAUUUUUCAUACUGGCCUCCUGUGGGAAACGAACCCACAACCCUAGCGUUGCAAGCACCAUGCUCUACCAACUUGUCGCAAACCCUACCCCACUUUUUACAACAAGUGGUUGGGUCGGACCUCAGCGUCUCCGCAAUCUCCCUCCAUUAAUUGGCCUUUACAUGCUGGUCUUAAUGUAAUGCAUGGCUAGAAUCGUAGAGGUGCAGGUACUUCUGUACCUCCUCGGUCAAUCGAUGCUCGAAGUUGUCGUUCGCCAUGUUGAAUGCAUACUGAGUUUUGGGCUGAAUCGUGAAGAAGAAACCCUCGUCACCCCUACAGUUGACCAAUCACAGGUGAAGGAGCGUAGACUUCGGCUACCGAAAUUAGUCUUGCCUCUAAAAAAUGAUUUGUGUGCACGAACAGUCGAAAAAACCCUUGCCAAAAUGUUGUCAUAAUAUCUACACAAACUGUUUCGGAAGGGAAGCAUGCGGCCGCCUUUAGCCAAGAUAGGUUUUCAACUGACUUGCUUUAGUGUGUAGGGCGCUGUCCAUGGUGCAGAUAGAGAUUGGAGAUUUUGCACCAACCUGUCACUUCUUGGUCAAAAGCACUCAAUGGUCUUGUAGCCUAUUGGUUUUCAUGGUUGUAAAUGGAAUUGUACGUAUUGGAAACGUGUUUAUGGUAGGCUGGCAUUGCUUAAUUGAUUACGUGGGUUGAAUUUGUUCCACAGAAGUGUAUUGUGCCAUAUCACAACGUGUUGCUGUACUCAUGAGUGGCAUGAUUUUCCAAGUUUGAAGCCGGCCUAUAGGCAAAUUUGUUUGGCAAAAUAGCUGUGCAUGGCUACAUCUCACAGUAGUAUACUGUAGGCUAUGUUCUGGUUAUUUGGAUCUCCAUUCGCCUUUUGUUUACUGCGUUUGUUUAAUGUUAAUGUAACUAACCUAAAUAUAGAUUGUCACGCCUUUAUCAAUCUGAUAUUUUGUUUACUAGGCCUUCUUGGUACCGAUGUUUUGUUCUGUUCGCAUUCAUUCGUUCGCUUUCGCAGUUGUGUCUUUAUUCUAAGCCAAACUGCUAUUCAGUAUUUUUGUUUGCAUGCAUGAAUAACUAUGCUACUGCUUUCAGCAUUUAGUUUGCAUUAUUUUGGUAAGAUAGCUGUGUGUACGGCUGCAUUCACAUAGGCUGUUUGUAAUAAGGGAAUUACCUUAUCUAUCUUGUAGCCUAUAUUCAUUACCAAAACGGCCUUGCAUUAGUGUGUAGGGCGCUGUCCAUUGUGCUGAUACAGCUCAGCGAAGAUGUCACACGCCAGCCUGUCACUUCAAAAGCACUCAAUCAAUGGUCUCAGCGUCUAGGCAUUUAAACUUUAUGUUUAUUGUGGUAUAGCGAGAUAUAAGCAGAAUUCAAUAUAAUUCCGAUGCAAGAACCCCCCCAAAAUUGUCCCCCCUCACCAAUUUCAACUGCCCCCUUAGUCACUUUAUCCUGGUGCCAGGUGUGCUGCACUGGGAGUCUGGGAGUCAUGUUUAGCUCCCCAGUCAUGCGGCACAGAAAUUAACACACUUGAAUAAUGCGACACGGCAUGUAGAAAUGUUGAAACUGUUCAUUACUGUUCGCAAAACAAUGUCCAUACAGGAUAGAAAACUUUACAAUGCGAGAAGAUACUGGUAGCUUCCUGCUUUGUAGGCUAACUUUCCUUGCUAGCUUACAGCUGAAGCUAAUAUCAAUUCACUACCCUAGUACUUUGUUUUUGAUAAUAUGCAAACCAUAUGAUCAAACCACCUGAUUUCAAUGCUGAUUGCCACCAAAACUUUAUUAAUUCACUUAAUCGGUCUAUCUCUCACGUCUCUCCCAAAGAUGAUCUAUUGCCUCAGCGAACUGACUGUGUGUGUGAAUAGGGCUCCGACUGAGGCCGCCAUCUCUUGCCUCAUGAAUGACAUCAUUACAGGUUAAAGAGGCAGCACACACUUUUAUAAAAUAAGCUACUUAUAUGCAAAUGUUGUUGAUCAGUACAAUAAAAUAAGUCUCAAAUGGAAGGGAAACAGAUUGUUUGUCAUCUGUAGCCCCAUGAAAUCAGCCAAAACAAGCUCAAUAACUAAAUGCAUGCAACACACCUAUUGAAUAUGCAUUUACCUGUAUUGUGAAUAGGCCUAAGCUACAUCUUGAUUUACCCAGUUUAUCAAUAGAGAUUUACCAUUCAAAAAAAUUAUUACCGUUAUGUUGUUAGAUUGGUAAAAACAAAGUCAAAUUGAUUGUAUGAUUGUAUCAUUGAUUCAUUAAUACACACAUGGCUGUCUCUGAACAUUUUUGACGUAAAACAUUUGAAUGUAAUGAUAUUGAACUCAUAAGAUGCCCAACGAUUGAACAGAGCAGUAGCUGAGUUUAUCUGUCUGGAUUUAAGUGCUAUUCUGUGACUUUGGCUAAUAUGCCUUCUUUUUUUCAGCGGUAUCAUUUUGGUAUCGAGUAUCAUGAUACUAAACCUGGUAACUUAUCGGUAUCGAAGUCUAAAUGUUGGUAUCGUGACAACUCUAGUGUGUGUUUGUGUGUAUGUGUGUCUGCAUGUGUGGGAUAUUUUCUGUGUGUAGAGCAUCUGCUCUGGCUUAGUGUCACACUUACCACUACAUAAGAGGAACAAUCAGCACAUAAUCGCCGUAAUAAUCACUGUAAUUGCCUUCCUAAAGCGAUGCUCUUAUAGCUAUUCACCACGCACGCACGCACGCGCACACACACACACACACACACACACACACACACACACACACACACACACACACAGUCAUUAAUGGUAAUGACAGGCAUUAGACAUAUGCUUUGUAUAGCAUGUAAAUGUGACUGUGUUGUUCAGCAGGGGACCCUCUCCAUUCUGUUGUAAUAACACACUCUGAGAUCGAGUCAUCUCUGUAGGAUAAAGAUUAAUUCAUGCUAAUAAUCACACAUUUUAAUACCAAGCAUAUCACUCACAUUCUAAGAGUUACGCUUUUAAAUGUAUGAGCAAGCCUUGUGUAGCACUGUGCAUUACAUCCAUGGUUGCCUUAAAUAAGUAAUGUAAACAGAACUCUCUCAAGCUCAGUGGGAAAGGGAAGAAGACACCUUGAAUAAGGCAGUUUUUCCAAAGAUGGCUUAUUUUAUUGGACACUGUUUGAACUGGUUUAAAUACCUUGUUUACAUCGUCUUUGAGCUGAAGAUGCAGGCACUCAUGCACGCACGCACGCACACACACACACAUAGAGAUACACUACAUGACCAAAAGUAUGUGGACACCUACUCGUCCAACAUCUCAUUCUAAAAUCAUGGGCAUUAAUAUGGAAUUGGUCCCCCCUUUGCUGCUAUAACAGCCUCCACUUUUCUGGGAAGGCUUUCCACUAGAUGUUGGAACAUGGCAACGGGGACUUGCUUCCAUUCAGCCACAAGAGCAUUAGUGAGGUUGGGCACUGAUAUUGGGCGAUUGGGCCUGGCUUACAGUCGGCGUUCCAAUUCAUCCCAAAGGUGUUCGAUGGGGUUGAGGUCAAGUUCUUCCACACCGAUCUCGACAAACCAUUUCUGAAUGGACCAGGCUUUGUACACGGGAGCAUUGUCAUACUGAAAUAGGAAAGGGCCUUCCACAAACUGUUGCCACCAAGUUGGAAGCACAGAAUUGUCUAGAAUGUCAUUGUAUGCUGUAGCGUUAAGAUGUCACUUCACUUCACUGGAACUAAGGGGCCUAGCCCGAACCAUGAAAAACAGCCCCAGACCAUUAUUCCUCCUCCACCAAACUUUACAGUUGGCACUAUGCAUUGGGGCAAGUAGCAUUCUCCUGGCAUCCGCCAAACCCAGAUUUGUCCAUCGGACUGCCAGAUGGUGAAGCGUGAUUCAUCACUCCAGAGAACGAAUUUCCACUGCUCCAGAGUUCAAUGGCGCGAGCUUUACACCACUGCAGCCGACGCUUGGCAUUGUGCUGCUGGUCGUUCUCUGGAAGCUCCAAACGAACAGUUCUUGUGCUGACAUUGCUUCCAGAGGUAGUUUGGAACUCGGGUAAUGAGUGUUCUAACCGAGGACAGACUAUUUUUACGCGCUACGUGCUUCAGCACUCGGCGGUCAUGUUCUGUGAGCUUGUGUGGCCUACCACUUCGCGGCUGAGCCGUUGUUGCUCCUAGACGUUUCCAGUUCACAAUAACAGCACUUACAGUUGGCCGGAGCAGCGCUAGCAUAGCAGAAAUUUGACAAACUGACAUGUUGGAAAGGCGGCAUCCUAUGACGGUGCCACGUUGAAAGUCACUGAGCUCUUCAGUAAGGCCAUUCUAGUACCAAUGUUUGUCAAUGUAGAUUGCAUGACUGUGUGCUCAAUUUUAUACACCUGUCAGCAACGGGUGUGGCUGAAAUAGCCAAAUCCACUAACUUGAAGGGGUGUCCACAUACUAGUAUUCAGUGCAUUCGAAAAGUAUUCAGACCCUUUUAAUUUUUACACAUUUUGUUACGUUACAGCUUUAUUCUAAAAUGGAUUAAAUAAAUAAAAAAUCCCCAUCAAUCUAGACACAAUACCCCAUAAUGACAAAGCGAAAACAGGCUUUUAGAGAUUUUUGCAAAUGUAUUAAAAAUAAAAAAACAUACCUUAUUUACAUAAGUAUUCGGACCCUUUGCUAUGAGACUUGAAAUUGAGCUCCGGUGCAUCCUGUUUCCAUUGAUCAUCCUUGAGAUGUUUCAACAACUUAAUUGUAGUCCACCUGUGGUCAAUUCAAUUGAUUGGACAUGAUUUGGAAAGGCACACACCUGUCUAUACAGUGGCUUGCGAAAGUAUUCCCCCCCCCUGGCAUUUUUCCUAUUUUGUUGCCUUACGUUUGUAUCAUUUGAUUUACACAACAUGCCUACCACUUUGAAGAUGCAAAAUAUUUUUUACUGUGAAACAAACAAGAAAUAAGACAAAAAAACUGAACUUGAGCGUGCAUAACUAUUCACCCCCCCCAAAGUCAAUACUUUGUAGAGCCACCUUUUGCAGCAAUUACAGCUGCAAGUCUCUUGGGGUAUGUCUUUAUAAGCUUGGCACAUCUAGCCACUGGGAUAUUUGCCCAUUCUUCAAGGCAAAACUGCUCCAGCUCCUUCAAGUUGGAUGGGUUCCGCUGGUGUACAGCAAUCUUUAAGUCAUACCACAGAUUCUCAAUUGGAAUGAGGUCUGGGCUUUGACUAGGCCAUUCCAAGACAUUUAAAUGUUUCCCCUUAAACCACUCGAGUGUUGCUUUAGCAGUAUGCUUAGGGUCAUUGUCCUGCUGGAAUGUGAACCUCCUUCCCAGUCUCAAAUCUCUGGAAGACUGAAACAGGUUUCCCUCAAGAAUUUCCCUGUAUUUAGCGCCAUCCAUCAUUCCUUAAAUUCUGACCAGUUUCCACCACCAUGCUUCACUGUGGGGAUGGUGUUCUCGGGGUGAUGAGAGGUGUUGGGUUUGCGCCAGACAUAGCGUUUUCCUUGAUGGCCAAAAAGCUCAAUUUUAGUCUUAUCUGACCAGAGUACCUUCUUCCAUAUGUUUGGGGAGUCUCCCACAUGCCUUUUGGCGAACACAAAACGUGUUUGCUUAUUUUUUUCUUUAAGCAAUGGCUUUUUCCUGACCACUUUUCCAUAAAGCCCAGCUCUGUGGAGUGUAUGGCUUAAAGUGGUCCUAUGGACAUAUACGCCAAUCUCUGCUGUGGAGCUUUUCAGCUCCUUCAGGGUUAUCUUUGGUCUCUUUGUUGCCUCUCUGAUUAAUGCCGUCCUUGCCUGGUCGGUGAGUUUUGGUGCCAUAUUCUUUCCAUUUUUAAAUAAUGGAUUUAAUGGUGCUCUGUGGGAUGUUCAAAGUUUCUGAUAUUUUUUUUUAACCCAACCCUGAUCUGUACUUCUCCACAACUUUGUCCCUGACCUGUUUGGAGAGCUCCUUGGUCUUCAUGGUGCCGCUUGCUUGGUGGUGCCCCUUGCUUAGUGGUGUUGCAGACUCUUGGGCCUUUCAGAACAGGUGUAUAUAUACUGAGAUCAUGUGACAGAUCAUGUGACACUUAGAUUGCACACAGUUCAACUUUAUUUAUCUAAAUAUGUGACUUCUGAAGGUAAUUGGUUGCACCAGAUCUUAUUUCGGGGCUUCAUAGCAAAGGGGGUGAAUACAUAUGCACGCACCAUUUUUCCGUUAUUAAUUUUUUAGAAUUCUUUGAAACAAGUUAUUUUUUUAUUUUCACUUCACCAAUUUGGACUAUUUUGUGUAUGUCCAUUACAUGAAAUCCAAAUAAAAAUCCAUUUAAAUUACAGGUUGUAAUGCAACAAAAUAGGAAAAACGCCAAGGGGGAUGACUACUUUUGCAAGGCACUGUAUAAGGUCCCACAGUUGACAGUGUAUGUCAGAGCAAAAACUAAGCCAUUAGGUCGAAGGAAUUGUCCGUAGAGCUCCAAGACAGGAUUGUGUCAAGGCACAGAUCUGGGGAAGGGUACCAAAAAAUGUCUGCAGCAUGGAAGGUCCCCAAGAACACAGUGGCCUCCAUCACUCUUAAAUGGAAGAAGUUUGGAACCACCAAGACUCUUCCUAGAGCUGGCCGCCCAGCCAAACUGAGCAAUCGGGGGUCACUCUGACAGAGCUCCAGAGUUCCUCUGUGGAGAUGGGAGAACCUUCCAGAAGGACAACCAUCUCUGCAGCACUUCACCAAUCAGGUCUUUAUGGUAGAUUGGCCAGAUGGAAGCCACUCCUCAGUAAAAGGCAGUAACUGUCUCUUCACAGUCCCCAAAUCAAGAACAGACUAUGGGAGGCGCACAGUACUACAUAGAACCAUGACUGCAUGGAACUCUAUUCCACAUCAAGUAACUCAUGCCAGCAGUAAAAUUAGAUUUAAAAAACAGAUAAAAAUACACGUUAUGGAACAGCGGGGACUGUGAAGCAACACAAACAUAGACACAUGCAUACAAACACACGAUAACAAACGCACUAUACACACAUGUACACAUGGAUUUUGUGUUAUAGAUAUGUGGUAGGAGAGUAGAGGCCUGAGGGCACACACUUAAUAUGUUGUGAAAUCUGUUAUGAAUGUAUUGUAAUGUUUUUCAAAUGUAUAACUGCCUUAAUGUUGCUGUAUCCCAGGCAGGACCCCUUGGCAGCAGCUAAUGGGGAUCCAUAAUAAAUACAAAUACAAAUACAGCCCACUUGGAGUUUGCCAAAAGGCACCUAAAGCACUCUCAGACCAUGUGAAACAAGAUUCUCUGGUCUGAUGAAACCAAGAUUGAACUCUUUGGCCUGAAUGAAUGCCAAGCGUCACGUCAGGAGGAAACCUGGCACCAUCCCUACGGUGACGCAUGGUGGUGGCAGCUUCAUGCUGUAUGGAUGUUUUUGAGCGGCAGGGACUGGGAGACUAGUCAGGAUCGAGGGAAAGAUAUACGGAGCAAAGUACAGAGAGAUACUUGAUGAAAACCUGCUCCAGAGUGCUCAGGAUCUUAGACUGGGGCGAAGGUUCACCUUCCAACAGGACAAUGACCCUAAGCACACAGCCAAGACAAUGCAGGAGUGGCGUUGGGACAAGUCUCUGAAUGUCCUUGAGUGGCCCAGCCAGAGCCUGGACUUGAACCUGAUCAAACAUUUCUGGAGAGACCUGAAAAUAGCUGUGCAGUGACACUCACCAUCCAACCAAACAGAGCUUGAGAGGAUCUGCUGAGAAGAAUGGGAGAAACUCCCCAAAUACAGGUGUGCCAAGCUUGUAGCGUCAUACCCAAGAAGACUCAAGACUGUAAUCGCUGCCAAAGGUGCUUCAACAAAGUACUGAGUAAAGGGUCUGAAUACUUAUGUAAAUGUGGUAUUUCAGUUAUUUUUUAAAUAAAUGUGCUAAAAAAUCAAAAAACCUUUUGUUGCUUUGUCAUUAUGGGGUAUUGUGUUUGUAUAUUGAUGAGGAAAAAACUAACAAUUUAAUUCAUUUUAGAAUAAGGCUGUAACAUAACAAAAUGUGGAAAAAGUCAAGGGGUCUGAGUACUUUCAGAAUGCACUGUAUAUAGUGUAUAUAUAUACACACACACACACACACGUUAUGUUCUUCUAUCCUCGUGGGGACCUAAAAUUAAUUUCCAUUCAAAAUCCUAUUUUCUCUAAUCCCUAGCCCUAACCCUAACAUAAACUAACUCCUAACCCUACACCUAACCACUAACCCCUUACCUUUACCCUAACCCUAAUUCUAACCCUAACCCUAAUUGUAACACUAAACCUAACCCCUAAGCGUUUGUACUCAUGGGGACGUGGGCACAAGGGAUAAUUUUCCUUGUUUUACUAUCCUUGUGGGGACUUUCAGGGAUUUUAGGUCCCCACAAGGAUAAAAGAACCAACCCACACACACACACACACAAACACACACACACACACAAACAUAGAGAGUUCCACAGACUGUCCCACCUUGAGCCUCCCAAUGCCUCCCCUUCUCCCCCCUGCUGUGUCUCUCCUCCAGAUGAAUGGAGGUCUUUAUUCCCCAGAGAACUGGUGGGAAGAAGGAGAAAAUGAGAGAGGUGGGAGGAAGGGAAGGGGUCUGUGAGAGUAGCCACAAGAUCAACACUAUUACAGCUUCUCUUUUCUCCCUCGUUUUUUUCCCUCUCUUUCUCUCCUCCACCUCCCUCUCUCCCCCGCUUUAAGUGCGGCGGACACAAAGGCGUUAGUAUUCAUGGUGUUUGUUUGCUGAGGAGCUGUGUGUGUGUGUGUGUGUGUGUGUGUGUGUGCUAGAGUGUGGUUCCCACAGGGGGAGAAUGGUCCUCUCCAGAACAGAGAAAGAAAAUGAGGGCUUAGAUAGGAGAGGGGGACACGAUGGCAGCUAAGGGGAGGGAGGGAGAGAGGGAAAGAGAGAGACGGAGAGAGAGAGAGACGGAGAGAGAGAGGGAAAACUGCUUGUGUGAUCAUAUCAAUCACUGUGUUUUGGAGGGAACUGAUAAUAAGAGGGUCUGGGGUCUUCGUUUUCUUUUUUUCCUUCUGUUCCUCUCUUUCCAUCCCUUCCCCUACUCUUUCAUUCUUUUACUAAAUCAUCCCCCUCUCUCCUCUCUCGCUCCUCUCUCUCCCUCUUUUUCCCCCCUCCCUCUCUCUUUGUCUGUCUCUGGACAGCUGCCCAGUUCUUUACAGGGAAAAUGAAACACUCUAACCACCGGGCACACUGCCAAGUAAAAGGCUGCAAAAAAACUAUUUGAAGGGCAGUGAGUGUGUGUAUGUGUGUCUCUCUGUGUGUGUGUUUGUUUGUGCGUUCAGUUUGUGUGUAUGUGCUUAUGUGCUUGUGUGCUUGUGUGUGUGUGUGUGUGUUUUUGUUUAGCUAUCCUUGUACCAGAGGUCCUCAUAAGGAUAGUAAAACAAGGAGUGUGGACAUUUGUGGGGACAUUUGCCUGUCCCCAUGAGGAAAAAUACUAUUUUCAGCUUAGGGGUUAGGUUUAGGGUUAGAAUUAGGGUUAGGGUUAGGAGUCACUUUUUAAAGUGAUUAUUUGACAAUCAGAUAAACUUCAUGACUGGUUGUGUUUCUGCCACAUUAAAAGUUAAUACAUGUUAAAAGUUAUAUGACAAUCUUGACUAGGCCUACUGGGCCUACAGAGAUCAUAUCAAAUUAAUAGGGAUUAUAGAUGUAUUCUAUGAUUAUAUCUAGGCUAUAACAUUUUUUAAAAUGUGCGCGCACACAUAGGGAGUACCGUACCGGUAAGUCUACUUUCACCACUGUGUACACUACAGUAAGACCUCAAUCUUCUGUUCUGUCCAGUACCUCUCCUAUACUGCUGUCUGCAGAGUGUUCUUGUUGUUACAGAGUAGAGCUAUCCUCUGUGGGUAGAAGUUGACCACAGGAAGUGCUCGAGGAUCAGCUUUCCCUCCUUGCAUUUGAACCGCAACCAUCAGCAGGGGGAACGAACUGACCUCACUGAUUAGCAGGUCUAUGCUGUUGUCCUUAGAUGUCAGAGGGGGUGUGUGUGUCUGUGCGUGUGUGUGUGUGUGUGUGUGUGUGUGUGUGUGUGUGUAUGUGUGUCUAUGUCUGUAUGUGUCUGUCUAUGUCUGUGUGUGUGUGUCUGUCUAUGUGUGUGUGUAUCUGUGUGUGUGUGUAUCUGUGUGUAUCUAUGUGUGUGUAUCUGUGUGUAUCUAUGUGUGUGUAUCUGUGUGUGUGUGUCUGUCUAUGUCUGUGUGUGUGUAUCUAUGUGUGUGUUUGUGUUAACCCUUGAGCCCAACUGAUAAAUCGGUUGGCCAAUAUUAUCGGCCGAUAUUAGCCUUUCACAUAAUUAUUUGUCGAUCAUUGUUGCACAGAUAAAGCGCCAAUAUUAUAUACAUAGAAUAAACAAAUACAGUGUCUUCAGAAAGUAUACACACCCUUGACAUUUUUAACAUUUUGUUGUUACAAAGUGGAAUUCAAAUGGAUUUAAUUGUAAUUCUUAGUCAACGAUCUACACAAACUACUUUGUAAUGUCAAAGUGGAAGAAAAAUUAUAGCAUUUGUCAAAAGUGUAUGAAAUAUUCAACACUAAUAUCUUGAUUAGAUAAGUAUUCAACGCCAUGGCAGCCUUUGGCAGAAUCACCUUUGGCAGUGAUUACAGCUGUGAGUAUUUCUGGAUAAGUAAGUCUCUAAGAGCUUUGCACACCUGGAUUGUACCAUAUUUGCAUAUUAUAAUUUUUUUAAUUCUUCAGGCUCUGUCAAGUUGGUUGUUGAUCAUUGCUAGACAGCCUUUUCAAGUCUUGCCAUAGAUUUUUAAGCCGAUUUAAGUCAAAACAUUAACUAGGCCACUCAGCAACAUUCAAUGUCAUCUUGGUAAGCAACUCCAGUGUAUAUUUGGCCUUGUGUUUUCAGUUAUUGUCCUGCUGAAAUGUGAAUUUGUCUCCCAAUUGUCUGUUGAAAAGCAGACUAAACCAGGUUUUCCUCUAGGAUUUUGCCUGUUCUUAGUUCUAUUCCGUUUCUUUUAAUCAUAAAAAACUCCCUAGUCCUUGCCGAUGACAAGCAUACCCAUUGUACGUUGGCGGUUGGUCAAUUUGCAGGGCUCUACAGUGCGAGCAUUACAUUCGCAUUUGUGAAUAAAAAUAGAGUCAAAAGUCAAGUAUGAGCAUAUGUGCGAGUUGCAAGUUCUAGCAGAAAAAUGCUGAAGUAGCUGUUUUCAAAGUAUUUCUGCUGUUUUGUUUCAUAGCUGCUAAACGCACAAAGAAAUAUGAAUCCUACCUCCCACCUCACACAGCAACAGCUUUGCGCACUGUGAGUGAAGCGCUGAUAGAUUCAUUUUUGGAGGCACUGGCACAGGCAUAAAAGUUGGUCUAAUUUACUUGAGUCAGCAAAGUGAGACUUUGUCCUCCUUUUUCUUGGCUAUUUACAUUGUUUUCUUCACAAGCUUGGUUGUUUUUCAAUGUUAGUUUGAAUCUGCUGCUUCAACUGAUAUCAUUGAGACGCUGUAGAUGCUGUCUACUACUAGUCACAUCCCAAAUCACACACACCGACACACUGAAACGACUCGAGUGGCCCCGUUAACCCCAGUAACCUCCCGCCCUUAAAGGGACAGCUGACAUUUUUUUCUCAUCUGAUAUUUUGGGUAAAAGACUCAGGUCACAAAUAAUGAAAUGAAAUUGAGCAAUAUACCACAUUACUUCUUACUAAUACAUUUCUUGUUUUAGAAACAUUACAAAGCAUGAUCAUCAUUUUUUUAAUGUAAUUAUGGUGAAAAAAUAUUUUGGCAGGUACCUGCCACAGUGGCUGGUGGAACAAAAAGUACAUUUUAGGCCUUGUUUGUAGUGACUGGGUGUAUUGAUACACCAUCCAAAGUGUAAUUAAUAACUUAACCAUGCUCUGGGAUAUUCAAUGUCUGUUUUUAGUUAUAAUUUUCUUCUCCCAUUUACCAAUAGGUGCCCUUCUUUGCGAGGCAUUGGAAAACCUCCCAGGUCUAUGUGGUUGAAUCUGUGUUUGAAAUUCACUUCUCGACUGAGGGACUUUACAGAUAAUUGUAUGUGUGGGGUACAGAGAUGAGGUAAUCAUUCAAAAAUCAUGUUAAACACUAUUAUUGCACACAGAAUGAGUCCAUUCAACUUAUGUGACUUGUUAAGCAAAAUGUUGUUCCUGAACUUAUUUACGCUUUCCAUAACAAAGGGGUUGAAAACUUAUUGACUCGACAUUUUAGCUUUUCAUUUUUUAUUUAAUUUGUAAACAUUUCGAAAAACGUAAUUCCACUUUGACAUUAUGGGGUAUUGUGUGUAGGCCAGUGACAAAAAUCUAAAUUUAAUCCAUUUACAAUUCAGUCUGUAACACAAUAAAAUGUGGAAAAAGUGAAGGGGUAGGGAAUACUUUCUGAAGGCACUGUACGUCUCUGCUCAUUGCGGUCAUUUUUAUAAAUGUUCAAUGGUUGCCUGAAGAGGGCGCUCUACGAGCUGCUCAUUGAACAUCAUUCAGCCCUAGGUCACAAUGUGAGAGAGAGUAGGCAUGGUGGUUUAAUGGUGAGUAGCUUGCCACAGCCAGCGUAUAUGAAUAACUAAAUAAUCAAAAGUAGACUUCACCAAGCAAGUAGCCCUGUCCUCAUCACAUUCUCACUUAGUUAACGUUAGCUGGCUAGCUAGCCAGCAAGGUAGUUAGCAUAGCUAGCUAGCUAGUUGAAAUCUGUGUUACUUAUGUGCUAACACUGGACUAGCGCCAACGUGAACACUCAUACUUGAUACAAAAAGAACACAGUUACUAUCUGGGCCAAUUAUGUUAGCUAGUGGGCUUAUUUAGUUAGUUUUCCGAAAAAUGCUAUCUACAAAAAGCAAGACAUUUGGCACAGAUCUAUCAUUAAGGCCAUUCAUGAUGAGAUAAGUAGCUAAUGUUAGCUAGCUAGCUAAAUUAGAAAGUGUGACUUAAACCAGUGCGGCAAGCGUUUUCCUGCAUAAAUGUUUUCAGUCAUUAGCGCAUGCCAUUUUCAGUUGAAAUGUAUAGCCAAUAAAUGUUUUUAUUGAGUACAUAUGGUUUCUGUAAGAAAACGUGGUCGUAAUGAACAACUAGCUUGUGCUUGUCAUAACGUACCCUCAUUGCACACGCCUUUUGCUCUUGGUAGGCCAUCAUUGUAAAUAGGAAUUUGUUCUUAAUUGAUUUGCCUAGUUAAAUAAAGGUUUAGGGCUGUCCCUGACUAAAAAAAUAUUGGUCGACCAAGAGUCGUCUGUUCUUUUGACCACUCGACUGGUCAAAAUUUUAAAACAUGUAUUUUUCCAUAUAUAGACACACCCUAUGUGUUUUAAUAAAAUCAACUAUAUGUAGGCUACUGAGCUUGUCUGAUGCUUUAAGCAUGCUGUGAUUAAAUAAGUAAGACACACAAAUGACUCGAGGGAGGCAGAGAUCAAGAUAGCCUAAAGAAAAAGAACUGUUCCCGAACCACCUCCUCCCACUGCUGCUGGCCUUCGCAGAUUCUGCCAUUAUGCUCCCGAAGUUGCCGGUAAUAGGCUACACCAGGGGUUGCAACCGUUUCCAUUUGGAGUGCCAAUUUAUCUUACCAUUUCUACCGAUCUGCGUGCCAGUUUUCGUGGAACAGUUCCAUUUAUUGUAUAAUAUAGUCUUCGUAUCUCAAUCAUUGUCGUGAUUAAUAAAAAUCUAAAAGUAACUUAUAUUGCCAUUUCCAACUAUGUAAGAAUAGCCUACAUAAAGCCAACAAAUAAAAACAUUGCAGCCUGCAGGUAGAAAAUAUCCUGAUAAAAAUAAAUCCCAUUGGAAAAUCAUGGUCUGCAAGGAACUUGAAACAUUGUAUCAACUAUCAACUUGGUCCAUCCCAAAGCUUGGGCAAACAAACUUACAACAUUGUAUAAAACAUUCUGGACCCUCAGAGUUUCAUGCAUUGGUGAGCUCCGGACAGACACAGCUGUAGGCUAUUUGCGCAAGGGAUAAGAAGCGAUCAGGUAGGCCUAUUUCCUGACUUUCCACCGGAUGAGAGCAUUACAUUUCUUUUGCCUUUCAUGCCGAGUGGUUAUUGAAAGGGAGAAAGCUGGAAAGAUUUUUCAAAUAGGCUACAUUUUCUCAAUGGAUGUAAAACAGACUUUGUUUACUUUCUGUUUGAGGUGAAGAAUAAAAUUACUUUGAGAAGCCCCACAGCUCAUUAGUGGUGGUGAGUUAAGACAAUCAGAAAUACUAUCAGAUCCCCAAAUGGGCACAUUUAUAAGCCUACAUUUGCGCACAGGCCAGGUAGCCUAGGCCUACUUCUAUGCGUAGUCAGGUGCGCAUCCUUACUCAACAUUGAAUAAUGUUGCUGAAGACAAUGAAUAAAUUGACAACUCGUAAAUAGAAUGAAAUAAACCAAAACUUGUCCCUCACAAGUGUAGCCUAGGUUGUACACUCUGCAAACAACGUGUCCACUCCGACAAUGAGAACUGUAAACGACUGUAAUAAUAAUAUAUUGAAUGCAUUAACUGAUUUACGAUAACCAAACAAACAUUGUAGAUUACUAAUUAUGGGAAUUAACAGUAAAUGUACUACUGGUGAUACUGGUGUGCCACCUCCGCAAUGGAUUAGUCCACUGAGAUAGGCAUCAAUCAAGACAUGCCAUAAAACAUUUUUUUUUGUUGCAACUGCUCGACUAAAAAAUUCUCGGUCGACCAACAGCCUAUCGACCAAACAAUCAACCAGUCGACUAAAUGGGGUCAGCCCUUUAAAGGUUAAAUAAAAAAAAAUUAUACAAAUUUGCGAGGUUUGUUUACAUGACCUUUCACUGUUGUAAACACUGUAGUAAAUCUACUUGACAAAUGCUGACGCUGACACCUAGUGGUGAUAUUACGAAUGGCAUGUUACUGCAUUUCAGUGCUUAUUUGUGAACUUGUGAACAGUGCAUUUUCAGAUUUACUAUUAAUUCACCCAGCCACCCCUUGUGGUGGUUUAGCACAACAGUUUUGCAUACUUCUUAUCCACUGCCAUAGAUAGACAUCUUUAAGUUGUACCUAAGAAGGUAAACUAAUCAAGUUUUACUGUCGUAUUUAUAGAGGAUAUAGUUGCUUUUUGGUGGAUAUCCUGUAAACCGCAAAUAAAAUGUUAAGGAAUCAUAAUUUAGAGUAUCUGUUAAUCCUUUGGAGCACAAUUUAUGAAAAAAAAAACGAAAUGGUGACUUUAGCCUCCGUAAAAUCGGUAUUGGACCCAAAAAUAUACCUACCUACCCCUUUCAUAUCUACACUGCCUAGGUGAUAGGGGUCGAUUUGGGAUGUGCAACAGUGUCACACACACACAGAGAGUGAGAGGCUGAUAAUAUAUGCCAUUUAUAAUAAUAAUAUAAUUGCUUUUAUCCAAAGCAACUUACAGUCAUGCGUGCAUACAUUUUACGUAUGGGUGGUCCCGGGAAUCGAACCCACUACCCUGGCGUUACAAGCGCCAUUUUCUACCAACUGAGCUACAAAGGACCGCAUGAUGUAACAUUCAAGGUCAAAAGGGGUCAAAGCGGAGGGUCAGGGGAAAGUGUGACUCAUUCCUCUGUGGAGGUAAAGGUCACUAUGUGACUCAUCAAGUUGUGUGUGUGUGUGACUCUUCAUAUGACUCAACACUCCAAAUGAGUAGACUGCUGAAGGCCUUUUGACAACAGAAAUAAGCAGUUAGACAUGUGACCUGGGACCACGUAGGCUAUACGUGGAAUUCUAACCAUAUUUAUGAUAUAGUACACAAAGUUGGGAUUAGGCCUAAAGUGUGUAGUGCCUAGGAGCCAGGGGCUAGUGUAGAUGUCUAGGUGGGUAGGGGCUAGGGUAAGUGUCUAGGGCAGGGCUCUCCAACCCUGUUCCUGUAGAGCUGCCGUCCUGUAGGUUUUCACUCCAACCCUAAUCUAGCACAUCUGAUUCUAAUAAUUAGCUGGUUGAUAAGGUGAACCAGGUGAGUUACAACAGGGGUUGGAGCGAAAACCUACAGGAGGGUAGCUCUCCAGGAACAGGGUUGGAGACCCCUGGUCUAGGGGGUAGUGGCUAGGGGUGGAUUUGGGAGUUGUCAGCUAGCGGUACUCGCACACCACUGGGCCGGAGGAACAUUGGGACUGACAAAAUAGAGGUAAACUAAAGAGAGCGUAGAGAGAGAUAGAUAGAGAGAGAGAGAGAGAGAGAGAGAGAGAGACUCUCAGGGGAAGUGGCCAUGCAUCCUUCCUUUAUUAUCUCUGUGGUGAGUUUGUGGUUAGACUCAUGUCACAGGGGAAUUCUCUUUGGUGUUAGAUUUAAAACGCAUGUUUCUUUUAGUAUUUGGGACUAUUGACUAUGUGUGUGUGGUGUAGAAAGAGGGUAUCGGCUCCUGCCUGUCCAUUCUAAGAUGUUCUGGGUCAUUUGAGUUAGCGUGUCUGUAUCAGGUGCCUGUCAUUCUAUCUCACCACAUGCCGUCUCCUCUCCAGUGUCACCUUACACACACACACACAGCUCCUUCUCCAGACUCAUCUCAAAGCAUCCUGUAAGUGACGGCCAACCGUGACUCUGCAGCAUGUACUCAGCAGAUAAACAUUCCUGUGUGUCCCUAUUCAUGUGUAUUUGUCUGUGCCUGUGUGUACCUGUGCAUGUCAGUAUUUUCCACAAGCACAUGGAGUAGCCAGCCAAAUAGAAAAAGUAGCCAGCUAGGCACCCCUGGGCUGGGGGGGGGGGGGGGGGGGGUUGUUAAGAUUUUAUUUGCCGAACAAGCUCUAUUUUGGUGGCCUCUGGUACAUUCUAAUGCUAGACUGUAUUUUCAACUAUCAGGAAAUCAAAUUUUUCACACUUUUUCACACACAUCAGCUGUUGUACAAUAUGAUAUAAAACACAGGAAAAACUUAAUUUUGACUGCACUGGGCAUUUAAAGAAUCCUGUAAUAGUCUGCUAACUACCUCAGGCGUCAAGCUUCCUUUUUAAGAGGCAUUUUCUCAGCUAUCUGCAAUACAGGUAUGAUUGAAUAAUUAAUCAGGUGUUAAACAUGGGCUUUGCUACACAGAAAGCAGCAGAUGACUACUCCAUUGUCAACACUUUGAUUAAAUCAAUAUCUUUGGAAAUACCAUAUAAGUAGCAUUAGCUUUUAAAACAAUUCAAUUUGUUUUCUUUUAUCAUAUUUUGGACCAGAGUGAGGCUAUCUCUCCACUAGCCUACCAAUUGUUCCUGCAGUGAGGAGGAUUCACCAUCUUCAUAAAAUGUUUUCAUAAUUUAUCUGCAGAUAAGCCAAAUGACCAGCUCUCUUACGGCAAUUCAGUAGGCUACUGAUGAGUCACUCACUUUAACAUCACUGUCUGUGUAGUGGGUGAUUUUGGACGGAGCCAGGCGCAGGAGGGUAAAUCACAGAAUAUAUGGUUUAUUCAGGAACACAGCGGUACGCAGCAUUGCGUAAAACACUCCAAUGCGGUAAAUACAGUGAGGGAAAAAAGUUUUUGAUCCCCUGCUGAUUUUGUACGUUUGCCCACUGACAAAGAAAUGAUCAGUCUAUAAUUUUAAUGGUAGGUUUAUUUGAACAGUGAGAGACAGAAUAACAACAAAAAAAUCCAGAAAAAUGCAUGUCAAAAAUGUUAUAAAUUGAUUUACAUUUUAAUGAGGGAAAUAAGUAUUUGACCCCCUCUCAAUCAGAAAGAUUUCUGGCUCCCAGGUGUCUUUUAUACAGGUAACGAGCUGAGAUUAAGAGCACACUCUUAAAGGGAGUGCUCCUAAUCUCAGUUUGUUACCUGUAUAAAAGACACCUGUCCACAGAAGCAAUCAAUCAAUCAGAUUCCAAACUCUCCACCAUGGCCAAGACCAAAGAGCUCUCCAAGGAUGUCAGGGACAAUAUUGUAGACCUACACAAGGCUGGAAUGGGCUACAAGACCAUCGUCAAGCAGCUUGGUGAGAAGGUGACAACAGUUGGUGCGAUUAUUCGCAAAUGGAAGAAACACAAAAUAACUGUCAAUCUUCCUCGGCCUGGGGCUAUAGUCACCAAGAAAACAAUUGGUAACACACUACGCCGUGAAGGACUGAAAUCCUGCAGCGCCCACAAGGUCCACCUGCUCAAGAAAGCACAUAUACAGGCCCGUCUGAAGUUUGCCAAUGAACAUCUGAAUGAUUCAGAGGAGAACUGGGUGAAAGUGUUGUGGUCAGAUGAGACCAAAAUUAUUCCAGCAUGACAAUGACCCAAAACACACGGCCAAGGCAACAAAGGAGUGGCUCAUGAAGAAGCACAUUAAGGUCCUGGAGUGGCCUAGCCAGUCUCCAGACCUUAAUCCCAUAGAAAAUCUGUGGAGGGAGCUGAAGGUUCGAGUUGCCAAACGUCAGCCUCGAAACCUUAAAGACUUGGAGAAGAUCUGCAAAGAGGAGUGGGACAAAAUCCCUGCUGAGAUGUGUGCAAACCUGGUGGCCAACUACAAGAAACGUCUGACCUCUGUGAUUGCUAACAAGGGUUUUGCCACCAAGUACUAAGUCAUGUUUUGCAGAGGGGUCAAAUACUUAUUUCCCUCAUUAAAAUGCUAAUCAAUUUAUAACAUUUUUGACAUGCGUUUUUCUGGAUUUAUGUUGUUGUUAUUCUGUCUCCCACUGUUCAAAUAAACCUACCAUUAAAAUUAUAGACUGAUCAUGUCUUUGUUAGUGGGCAAACGUACAAAAUCAGCAGGGGAUCAAAUACUUUUUUCCCUCACUGUACAGCGCACUGGAGAAAAACAAGGCACACGGGAUUCACCCGGUGAUACAAAUACAAAGUAGCUCCACCGAGCUAGAGUCACCUCCACAAUAACUAAUCACACACAAAGACAAGGGGGCAGAGGGAACACUUAUACAGAUACUAAUGAGGGGAUAUGAACCAGGUGUGUGUAAUAAACAAGACAAAACAAAUGAAAAGAUGAGAUGAGGAGCGGCAGUGUCUAGAAGGCCGGUGAUGACUAACGCCGAAGCCUGCCCGAACAAGGAGGCAGCUUCAGAGGAAGUCGUGACAGUCUGGCAAGUCCUGACUGACUUCAUAUCGAAAAUACAAACGACAUGUUUAGUUUACUUGUCUGAAUAUGAUACCAUGGACAUAUACAGUGGGGGAAAAAAGUAUUUGGUCAGCCACCAAUUGUGCAAGUUCUCCUACUUAAAAAGAUGAGAGAGGCCUGUAAUUUUCAUCAUAGGUACACGUCAACUAUGACAGACAAAAUGAGAAAAAAUAAUCCGGAAAAUCACAUUGUAGGAUUUUUAAUGAAUUUAUUUGCAAAUUAUGGUGGAAAAUAAGUAUUUGGUCAAUAACAAAAGUUUCUCAAUACUUUGUUAUAUACCCUUUGUUGGCAAUGACACAGGUCAAACAUUUUCUGUAAGUCUUCACAAGGUUUUCACACACUGUUGCUGGUAUUUUGGCCCAUUCCUCCAUGCAGAUCUCCUCUAGAGCAGUGAUGUUAUGGGGCUGUUGCUGGGCAACACAGACUUUCAACUCCCUCCAAAGAUUUUCUAUGGGGUUGAGAUCUGGAGACUGGCUAGGCCCCUCCAGGACCUUGAAAUGCUUCUUACGAAGCCACUCCUUCGUUGCCCGGGCGGUGUGUUUGGGAUCAUUGUCAUGCUGAAAGACCCAGCCACGUUUAAUCUUCAAUGCCCUUGCUGAUGGAAGGAGGUUUUCACUCAAAAUCUCACGAUACAUGGCCCCAUUCAUUCUUUCCUUUACACGGAUCAGUCUUCCUGGUCCCUUUGCAGAAAAACAGCCCCAAAGCAUGAUGUUUCCACCCCCAUGCUUCACAGUAGGUAUGGUGUUCUUUGGAUGCAACUCAGCAUUCUUUGUCCUCCAAACACGACAAGUUGAGUUUUUACCAAAAAGUUCUAUUUUGGUUUCAUCUGACCAUAUGACAUUCUCCCAAUCCUCUUCUGGAUCAUCCAAAUGCACUCUAGCAAACUUCAGACGGGCCUGGACAUGUACUGGCUUAAGCAGGGGGACACGUCUGGCAUUGCAGGAUUUGAGUCCCUGGCGGCGUAGUGUGUUACUGAUGGUAGGCUUUGUUACUUUGGUCCCAGCUCUCUGCAGGUCAUUCACUAGGUCCCCCCGUGUGGUUCUGGGAUUUUUGCUCACCGUUCUUGUGAUCAUUUUGACCCCACGGGGUGAGAUCUUGCGUGGAGCCCCAGAUCGAGGGAGAUUAUCAGUGGUCUUGUAUGUCUUCCAUUUCCUAAUAAUUGCUCCCACAGUUGAUUUCUUCAAACCAAGCUGCUUACCUAUUGCAGAUUCAGUCUUCCCAGCCUGGUGCAGGUCUACAAUUUUGUUUCUGGUGUCCUUUGACAGCUCUUUGGUCUUGGCCAUAGUGGAGUUUGGAGUGUGACUGUUUGAGGUUGUGGACAGGUGUCUUUUAUACUGAUAACAAGUUCAAACAGGUGCCAUUAAUACAGGUAACGAGUGGAGGACAGAGGAGCCUCUUAAAGAAGAAGUUACAGGUCUGUGAGAGCCAGAAAUCUUGCUUGUUUGUAGGUGACCAAAUACUUAUUUUCCACCAUAAUUUGCAAAUAAAUUCAUAAAAAAUCCUACAAUGUGAUUUUCUGGAUUUUUUUUCUCAAUUUGUCUGUCAUAGUUGACGUGUACCUAUGAUGAAAAUUACAGGCCUCUCUCAUCUUUUUAAGUGGGAGAACUUGCACAAUUGGUGGCUGACUAAAUACUUUUUUUCCCCACUGUACAUUUGAAGUCGGAAGUUUACAUACACCUUAGCCAAAUACAUUUAAACUCAGUUUUUCACAAUUCCUGACAUUUAAUUCUAGUAAAAAUUCCAUGUCUUAGGUCAGUUAGGAUCACCACUUUAAUAAUAGUAGAGAGAAUGAUUUUUUCAGCUUUUAUUUCUUUCAUCACAUUCCCAGUGGGUCAGAAGUUUACAUACACUCAAUUAGUAUUUGGUAGCAUUGCCUUUAAAUUGUUUAACUUGGGUCAAACGUUUCGGGUAGCCUUCCACAAGCUUCCCACAAUAAGUUGGGUGAAUUUUGGCCCAUUCCUCCUGACAGAGCUGGUGUAACUGAGUCAGGUUUGUAGGCCUCCUUGCUCGCACACGCUUUUUCAGUUCUGCCCACACAUUUUCUAUAGGAUUGAGGUCAGGGCUUUGUGAUGGCCACUCCAAUACCUUGACUUUGUUGUCCUUAACUCUUCGGAGUCUGGAGCUUUUUUGGCCGUUUUUGGGUACCUUCAAUUUUGCCCUGAUAUACUACAUAAAGAAAUGUUUACCAGACCAAUGUUGGGUAUCUUUUUUUUCAGCACAACCUCACCUAUAUGAUCUGUUAGUAAGUUUUUCACUUUGACAUACUAUUUCAACACACUGGACCCAAACACACACAGAAAACACAAAGUCCGUUUAGAAAAAAGAUGUUUUUUUUAUUGUAAAACCCUCAAACAUGGUGAACCAAGCAUUUAAAAAGCUUCAAAUUGAACCACAAGGUGCAAAUAUGAACAUAUAAAAGUAUUUUGGUGAUAUAUACAAGCAAUAAAUAACUAUUUACAAUAAAAAGUAGGUAUAACCACUGGCGUUUUUCUUCUAUUCUAACCCUAAACCUUUUUGUGCCACUCCUCAAAAACAGUUUCUGUCCAAAAUGAAAAAAAAAGCUUCAAAUUGAACCACAAAGUGCAAAUAUGAACAUAUAAAAGUAUUCUUGAGAUAUAUACAAGCAAUACACAACUAUUUACAAAAAAAGUAGGUAUAGCCACUGGCCUUUACCCUAUUUGUGCCACUCUUCAAAACAGUUCCUGUCCACAAUGACACAGAGAGCCACAUCACAGGCCUUGCACUUCCAUGGUGUGACAAACCUCUUCUUGUCAACUUGUUUACAGCGUUGACAAACCCUGCGGCCUGCUGUGGCUUUGUCUUUGGCCUCUGCAACAUUGGCAAUGGCCACAGGAACAUGGCUGGUGCUUUUUUGAAGUGGAACCCCUGUCUGGGUCACUCCGCACAGCUGGGCCACAAGUUCUGCCACAAAGUUCUUGUGCGUCAUGGGUGUGACCUGUUGGGUCGCACUGAUGUCACAGUGCAGGAUGUAUGCAUUUGUUGUUCCCAUGUCCAAAAAAUGCAGGAAGAGGGUACGGUACCAGCGAGCAGUUCUGCGAUGGGUUGAGUAAUACUGGAGAAGCUGGUCUGACAGGUCAACCCCUCCCAUGUACUUAUUGUAGGCCAUGAUGGGGGUAGGGCAGGGAAUGUCUUUUGCUACCCAGCGUCCAGGUCCUUCCUUCACCUUCCUCUUGAUUGUCUCGCCCGAAAACGCUGGGUGGAUUGUGGAGCACACCGACACCUCCCGCGUAUCCAUCCACUUCACAAAGACCAGGCGAUCCUCUCUGAUCCAUCUCACAGACCCCCUCUUCGAUUUGCUGGUGAGGGCAUUUUCUCUGCCACUAGGACACCCUUUUCUGUUGCUUCUGUAGGUCCCACAGGCUCCAAACUUCAUACUUCCCAAACUCAGGAACAGUUUUGGGCUGGUGUAGAAAUUGUCCAUAUAAAUAUGGUAUCCUGUACCAAGAUGUGAUGGCUGAAUGAGGUCCAUAACAGCAUCAUAUGAAAGUCCAUGCACGCUGGGUGUGUGUGCUUUCCCAACAUACACGUUGAAGUUUAGAGUGUAGCCAUUGUUAGACUCUACCAACACAAAGAGCUUGAUCCCCCAUUUGUUAGGCUUGUCCUUCAUGUACUGGGUCAUGCCAGUUUUGGCUUUUGUAGCCACCAUCCUCUCGUCGACUGACAGUUCCUUCUUAGGAUGGUAAUGAGCCUGGCAGGCAGUGCGAAUGUCGUCCAUCAGAGGUUUGACCCUGAACAGUUUGUCAUGCUGGGGUGUACCUUUGCGCUGGUCAUUUAUGACAUCCUCCUCUGGAUCACUUAGGUGGAUGUUCCAUGAGAUGGACCGGAAUCUGUCUCUUGGCAUGACCUUCGCUGGCAAUGAAACAGACAAUAUGUGGCUUUGUUUCCAGUAGUCCUGGAUACUAGGCAGAGUCACCAAUGAGGUGUAGAUGAGGAGACCCAGAAAUCUGUGCAGUUCCUCCACAUCAACGUCAGUCCACUGAUAUUUGCUCCCCUUCUGCUGAUUUCUUGCUGCCUGUUUGUUGGUGUUUCUGCAGAUUGUCCUCAUUGUAUCUGCGGCGAAGUAGAGCAGGAAGAGGUCCUUUGGUGUGUGCCCUGAAUGCAAAUCCACCUGGGCUCCUGGUGGUCUGCGGGGCAUGAACCUACUGGCUUGUGGGGCAGUGUCAGGAUCAGUCUCUGUUUUCCAUGGCUCAGAGCUCUGUUCUGGCUGUGCUGCUGACUGGGCUGGAGAUCUUGACCUGGUCUUGGCCUGAUCCUUCCUUCCACGCCCCCUCUGUGAUGGCCUCCGUCGGCUUGUUGUGGGGGUGGGGGCUGUUGAUGGCCCAGGCUGCUCGUCGUCGUCGUCGUCUGACGACGAACUUUCCAAAGUUUCUUCAUCGCUCAUUUGGAAUAACAAGUCGACGGCUUGUUCAACGUGAAGUGUGCGCCUCAUAUUGCUUCACAAAAACGAUACUGCUGACAAUAAAACUCUUGAAAUACUAACAAUUGAAAUACUAACUCGUGAAAAACUCUCCAAAACUACUCAUGAACUGAACUAAUUCCUCUCGUUCGUUCUUUCGCAAUGGCUAGUUGUCAUGGGAAUGAAUGUUUAUAUACUCGUGUGCAUCCUGAAGAACCGGGUUAGCACAAGCACACGUUUUUUUCCGUUCCUUUUUAUCACAAAAGACGACAAAAGUUAUUAUAAUAAAUGCAAAGCGCUCAUAAAAGAGCGCAUAUUUUGACGCACUUUUUUCAUGGAAUUGAAAUUAUCAUAACUUUGGUUUUAGUUGGUGUAUUUACAUGAAACAAACACUCAAAACGUAGCUUCGGGUCUCCAUUUCUGCAUGAAAUCGACGGCAGCCCUCUGCGUCACUUGGUUUGGGAUGCUGCGCGGUCCUAAAGCCGGCCCGCGAUUUGAACGCGCCGAAGCGUUCGCCGACUCGGAAGAGUUAAAGCCAUUUUGCCACAACUUUGGAAGUAUGCUUGGGUCAUUGUCCAUUUGGAGGACCCAUUUGCGACCAAGCUUUAACUUCCUGACUGAUGUCUUGAGAUGUUUCUUCAAUAUAUCCACAUCAUUUUCCUUCCUCAUGAUGCCAUCUAUUUUGUGAAGUGCACCAGUCCCUCCUGCAGCAAAGCACCCCCACAGCAUGAUGCUGCCACCACGGUGCUUCACGGUUGGGAUGGUGUUCUUCGGCUUGCAAGCGACCCCCUUUUUCCUCCAAACAUAACGAUAGUCAUUAUGGCCAAACAGUUCUACACGUCUCCUUCCUGAGCGGUAUGACGGCUGCAUGGUCCCAUGGUGUUUAUACUUGCGUACUAUUGUUUGUACAGAUGAACGUGGUACCUUCAGGCGUUUCGAAAUUGCUCCCAAGGAUGAACCAGACUGUGGAGGUCUACAAUUGUUUUUCUGUGGUCUUGGCUGAUUUCUUUUGUUUUCCCAUGAUGUCAAGCAAAGAGGCACUGAGUUUGAAGGUAGGCCUUGAAAUACAUCCACAGGUACACCUCCAAUUGACUCAAAUUAUGUCAAUUAGCCUAUCAGAAGCUUCUAAAGCCAUGACAUCGUUUUCUGGAAUUUUCCAAGCUUUUUAAAGGCACAGUCAACUUAGUGUAUGUAUACUUCUGACCCACUGGAAUUGUGAUACAGUGAAUUAUAAGUGAAAUAAUCUGUCUGUAAACAAUUGUUGGAAAAAUUACUUGUGUCAUGCACAAAGUAGAUGUCCUAACCGAUUUGCCAAAACUAUAGUUUGUUAACAAGAAAUUUGACUCCAAGCUAAGUGUAUGUAAACUUCCGACUUCAACUGUACGUUUAAUGAUUUACAGUGCAUGUGGGAAGUAUUCAGACUUUCAGACUUUUCUACAUUUUGUGACGUUACAGCCUUAUUAUAAAAUUGAUUACAUUGUUUUUCCCCCCCCUCAUCAAUCUACACACAAUACCCCAUAAUGACAAAGCAAAAACAGGUUUUUAGAGAAAUGUUUGCAAAUUCAUUAAAAAGAAAAUGCUGAAAUAUCACAUUUACGUAAGUAUUCAGACCCUUUACUGAGUACUUCGUUGAAGCACCUUUGGCAGUGAUUACAGCCUCUAGUCUUCUUGGGUAUGACGCUACAAGCUUGGCACAUCUGUAUUUGGGGAGGUUCUCCCAUUCUUCUCUGCAGAUCCUGUCAAGCUCUGUCAGGUUGGAUGGUGAGUGUCGCUGCACAGCUAUUUUCAGGUCUCUCCAGAGAUGUUUGAUCGGGUUCAAAUCCGGGCUCUGGCUGAGCCACUCAAGGACAUUCAGAUACUUUUCCUGAAGCCACUCCUGCGUUGUCUUGGCUGUGUGCUUACGGUCAUUGUCCUGUUGGAAGGUGAACCUUUGCCCCAGUCUGAGGUCCUGAGCUCUCUGGAGCAGGUUUUCAUCAAGGAUCUGUCUGUACUUUGCUCCGUUCAUCUUUCCCUCGGUCCUGACUAGUCUUCCCUGCCGCUGGAAUACAUCCCCACAGCAUGAUGCUGCCACCACCAUGCUUUACCUUAGGGAUGGUGCCAGGAUUCCUCCAGAUGUGAAGCUUGGCAUUUAGGCCAAAGAGUUCAACCUUGGUUUCAUCAGACCAGAGAAUCUUGUUUCUCAUGGUCUGAGAGUCCUUUAGGUGCCUUUUGGCAAACUCCAAGCGGGCUGUCAUGUGCCUUUUACUGAGGAGUGGCUUCUGUCUGGCCACUCUACCAUAAAGGCCUGAUUGGUGGAGUGCUGCAUAGAUGGUUGUCCUUUUGGAAGGUUCUCCCAUUUCCACAGAGGAACUCUGGAGCUCUGUCAGAGUGACCAUCAGGUUCUUGGUCACCUCCCUGACCAAGGCCUUUCUUCCCCGAUUGCUCAGUUUGGCUGGGCGGCCAGCUCUAUGAAGAGUAUUGGUGGUUCCAAACUUCUUCCAUUUAAGAAUGAUGGAGGCCACUGUGUUCUUGGGGACCUUCAAUGCUGCAGACAUUUUUUGGUACCCUUCCCCAGAUCUGCGCCUCGACACAAUUCUUUCUCGGAGCUCUACGGACAAUUCCUUCGACCUCAUGGCUUGGUUUUUGCUCUGACAUGCACUGUCAACUGUGGGACCUUAUAUAGACAGGUGUGUGCCUUUCCAAAUCAUGUCCAAUCAAUUGAAUUUACCACAGGUGGACUCCAAUCAUGUUGUAGAAACACCUCAAGGAUGAUCAAUGGAAACAGGAUGAACCUGAAUAUAUUAGGUAUAAAGUAAUCCUUCUUCCCCCAUCCCCAUACAAAAAAAAAAAAAAAAGUGGUUGUCCCACUGGCUGUCAUAAGUUGAAUGCACCAAUUUGUAAGUCGCUCUGGAUAAGAGCGUCUGCUAAAUGAUGUAAAUGUAAAUGUAAAUUUCGAGUCUCAUAGCAAAGGGUCUGAAUACUUAUGUAAAUAAGGUAUUUCUGUUUUCCCUUUGUCAUUAUGGGAUAUUGUGUGUAGAUUGAUAAGGAAGAAAAUUAUUUAAUCCAUUUUAGAAUAAGGCUAUAACGUAACAAAAUGUGGAAAAAAAUCAAGGGGUCUGAAUAUUUUCCGAAAACACUGUAUGAAUAGCAAGGAUAUAUGAGAUUGACUAUAUUCAGUCAAUUCGACACCUUUUACAAACUACUCAAGCUUGCUGUUCGUCAAUCAUAUCGUUCAUUCUAGCGGGAGAGGGCUCGGCAGACUUUUUUCUGACUAGCAAAUUGAAAAGUAGCCUAGUUGAUUUAGGUGGGAAAAGUACCCGGCUGAAAAUGACUCUGUAAUCGGCUGUAUAGCCGGCGCUAGUGGAAAACACUGGCAUGUAUGUCUAUCUCUCUGUGUGUGUGUGUGUGUGUGUGUGUGUGUGAGCGCGUCUCUCUCCCUCCUCCCCCCUGUCCCUCUCUCACCCUCCUCCCCCGUGUCUCUCCCUCCUUCCCCCUGUCCCUCUCUCUCUCUCCCCCUUCCCCAUCCCUCCUCCCCCUGUCCCUCUUUCCCUCUUCCCCAUCUCCCUCUCUCACCCUCCUCCCCCUGUCCCUCUUUCCCUCUUCCCCAUCUCCCUCUCUCUCCCUCCUCCCCGUCCCUCUCUCACCUUCCUCCGCCAUCUCUCGCUCUCCCCCUUUUCCCCCUGUCCCUCUCUGUCUCUCCCUAAUCCCCUCUCCCUUUUCACCACCGCUCAUUCUUUCCCUCUUCCCCCGUCCCUCUCUCCCCCUCCUCCUCCCUGUCCCUCUCGCUCCCCUCUGUCCCUCUCUCUGGUAGAGGAGAUGUGACUGUGUAGCAGAGUGGUAGAGGAGAUGUGACUGUGUAGCAGAGUGGUAGAGGAGAUGUGACUGUGUAGCAGAGUGGUAGGUAGGAGAUGUGACUGUGUAGCGGAGUGGUAGAGGAGAUGUGACUGGUGUAGCAGAGGGUGGGUUAGCAAGGAAUAGAUGUGACUGUGUAGCAGAGUGGUAGAGGAGAUGUGACUGUGUAGCAGAGUGGUAGAAGAGAUGUGACUGUGUAGCAAAGUGGUAAAGGAGAUGUGACUGUGUAGCAGAGUGGUAGAGGAGAUGUGACUGUGUAGCAGAGUGGUAGAGGAGAUGUGACUGUGUAGCAGAGUGGUAGAGGAGAUGUGACUGUGUAGCAGAGUGGUAGAGGAGAUGUGACUGUGUAGCAGGAUGGAUAAAGGAUGAUGUGACUGUGUAGCAGAGUGGUAAAGGAGAUGUGACUGUGUAUGGCUGUUAUGCUUUGUUCCCUGCAACCACUGAGCAGAGGUGCAUCCUGUAAAAUGGCUCUCAUAGGCUCUGGUCUUGUUGGUGCAAAGAUGCAAAGAUGUGGUUAACUGCAUCUCUGUAGCUCAUUACAUCAGGCAGGUUCUUGCAUUAUAGGCUGAGCCUGCUAAUAACAGACAAAACCACACACACACAUCCGCUUCUUUACAUUUCAGCCCGUUAACAUUUUGUUACUGUAUGUAUAAUGGUACACACCACAGUGUUUAGACUAGUGCGUGUACUGUAUUGAUGUUUAAACUAAGAACAGGGGUUGUGUGAUUCAGUUAUCCAGACGUCCUCCGCUGACUGGUUGAGCAUCCUGACAUCAUGAUAGAAGCUCUUCUGUGCUUCCCCACUCUUUUCCCCUUGUCUUCUACUGGUGCUCUCUCUCUCUCUCUCUCUCUCUCUCUCUCUCUCUCUCUCUCUCUCUCUCUUUCUCUCUCAGUAUGGAACAUCUUUACCACAGGAAUUGAAUUGCUCUGUAAACAGCUUUUGUUCAACAUUGUUUUGUUAUCCAUUCAAAAUGCUUAAACACCAGCAGACAGACUUGGAUAUAAGCUGUUGUCACAUAUGUUGAUGUUUCUCCAUAAAGAGCAGCUGUACUGAUCUCUCUCUUCUCUGUGUUUCUGUCUUCAGACCUAUGAGAGACCCUUCAGAGCAGCAGAACCUAGAGAGGGGGGGCUACUGCAACUGCUUGGGGAUGUCACCCCCCCGAAACACCAGUCCAAGCCCUCUAUCCUACACACCACACCAUUGCCCCCACACACACUCACACACCAACCCCAACAGCAACACACACAGCCACUACAACUCACACACCAACAUACACACAGUCCAGCCUGGGCCUCGCCUCCCUCUGCAUCCCCAGCCAAUCCAGUGCAUGCUGAGCCCAGCAGAGAACCAGCGGGAGCCAAUAGGAGCCCUCUCUCUGAUCUGGCCCCUUCCUUCCUAAAACCUCCAAUGAAGAGAGUCCCAGGAAGCCCCUCCCCUCGCUCUUUCAGCCCCUCUCCCCACCGACCCCUGAGCCCUGAUCCUGUGUUGCCCGUAGUAACUGACGCCAGCAUUCUGAACCUGACCUCUCUCUCCAGAGGACGGGGCUUACAGGAGGUCAGUGAGAAGCUGUUUGGAAACAUCAAGAGGAAGUACGGCAGGAAGGACCCCCAGAGGACUCUGGGUAAUACCCAGAAUGCUGAGUUGCCAUGGGGGAGGAUGGCAGAGAAAGAUGCAGAGAGUCUGAUAGUUCUGGGUGAAAGGCAGGAGGAGACCCCUGAGCUGGAGAGAGAUGAGAGGGAGAGCAUAGGGAGGACAGGAGAGGAGGAGGAGAGGGAGAUGCCAACGCUUGGUGCUCCUGAGCUGAUGGAGGAGGGAACAGGGAGGAAAAGGAGGAGGAGGCGGUGUCUCCAGGAGUCACUCACCCAGGAGGACCAAUCAGAGCAGCUGCAGGGCACUGACAUCACAGAGAGGAGCGAAUCAGGGCCUCCAGAGCCCAAAGUGGCCCACAAGAUGGAAGGCAACAAGAUGGAGUCUCAUAAAAGAGAGUCCCACAAGAUGGACUCCCACAGGAGUGAGUCUCGGUCAGGACGGGGUGAGGAGGGUAGCCAGCCUGAGGCAGACGGGGAUAGAGGAGAGAGAGGGGAGAAAGGAGAAAGAGCAGAUAAGGGAGAAAGAGGAGACAGGGCAGAGAAAGGAGAGAGGACAGAGAUGGGAGAGAGAGCGGAGAGAGGAGAGUGGGUGAUGAGUGGGGCCGACAUGGAAUCAGCCAUGAUCCAGAGCCGGGUGAGGAAGAACCCAGUUUGUCAUCCUAGAUCAGCCACAGACCCCCACAAACACCCUGACCCUAACCCUAGCCCCAGACUGCCUAGCCCUAACCCCAACCAUAUCCCUAGUUCAAGAUCCAGCCUCACUCCUAACCCUAGACCGCCCAACCUAAGCCCCAGCUUUAACCCUAACCCCAAAACCAGCCUAAAACCCAGCCCUAUCCCCAGCCCCAGACCCCCCAAGACCAAGGACCGGUGGUCCUACCUGAAGUCCCGAAGCCCCCCCAACCUAGUCCAGAGGGAGAGUGGCCGCAGCCCCCUGUCAGUUAUGUGUGAGCCCCCCUCUGCCUUCCCCAUCACCCCCUCCAGCCCCCUGUACACCAACACAGACAGUCUGACUGUCCACACCCCCACCAAGCGCAAACGAGGUCGUCCCAAAAAACAACCCCUGCUCACUGUGGAAACCAUCCAUGAGGGCACCUCCACCUCCCCCCUGAGCCCUUUAGCCCGGGACAGCUCCGCGGGGCUCAGCCGCAGGAGAAAGACCGCGAUUUCCCAAAUCGCAUCUGGUUCCACUAGCCCCAAUGCUAAUGGGUUGAAACUGAAGCGCGGUGAGGGAGCCCAUGUCAGGCCGGUGAAGAGGCUGAAGCUGGGGAAGGUGCAGAGCAUCCUGAAUGAGAUACUAUCAUGCUCCAGCCAACAUGGCAGCCUGGCGCUGAAGUCCGCCUCGGCUCCCGUCUCUUCUGCCAUGACGGUCAUGGCCUCUACCAUUGAGGCUCGUCUGGGGAAGCAGAUCAACGUCAGUAAAAGAGGAACCAUCUACAUUGGGAAGAAGAGGGGGAGGAAGCCGCGCUCUGACACCCAAACCCUUCCCCCAAGAGGUGGGGGGGCCAAGCCCUCUGUGCCUGCCUCCAUGUCCAGCCUGUACAACAGCCUCUUAGUGCCUUCCACCCCCACUCUCAGCUCCACUACCCUCCUCCUCAGACCCCACACCCUGUCCUCUAUGUGCCACCCUGGCCCUCACGGCCCCCACUCUGACGCCACCAUGCCCAGCCUGCAGCCCAUCAGUGCCCUGCCCUCUAAACCCCCAGGCAGGGGGCUACUGGGGGCCGGCUGGAAGCUGUCUCCCCCGCGCCUCCUGGCCAACUCCCCGUCCCACCUAUCUGAGGGGGCGGCGUCCGUCAAGGAGGUGACGCUGUCACCCAUCAGCGAAUCACACAGCGAGGAGACUAUUCCCAGCGACAGCGGCAUAGGAACGGACAACAACAGCACCUCUGACCAGACAGAGAAGGGGACCAACGCACGACGCAGGUAUCUAUCUCUCUGUUAGUUUACAUGGUUAGUUAGUUAGCUAGAAGUGACUGACUGAGUGAGUGAGAUAGUUAGUAUGCUAGUUGAGGGAGGGAGGGAAGUGAGUGAGUGAAUAUUGCCAGGGGUUUGUUUGAAACCACAAUAGCAACAUUGUACAUCCAGUUGACAGGUUUUGGUUUUGUGUUGCAGAUACUCGUUUGACCUGUGUGGGUUUGAGGCUGCGGAGGCUGCCGUUCUGGAGGCGUCCAGUCGCGGCAGUAGGGGUCGCUGUGAGCAGCCGGCAGUGGUGGACAGCUUUCUGUCCCAGCAGGAGAAGAAGCAGAAACACCGCAGGAAGAGGAAGUGCCUGCAGAGCCGUGACCACCUGCACUUCCUGUCUGAGCUAGAAGAGGUAUCAAAUUAAACUUCCUAUUAAAAUUACAUCAAACUUAAUGUAGGAGUAGAAUGAAGUUGCCACUAGACUUAUUGUAUAUGAUGUCACAGAGAUAUCAGAGGACAGGUUCAUUGUGAUGGCUGGAAUAGAAUAAAUGGAACGAUAUCAAUCACAUGGAAACCCCAUGUGUUUGAUGUGUUUGAUACCUUUCCAUUCAUUUCAGUCCAGCCAUUACAAUGAGCCCACCUUCAUAUAUUUUUGCCCACCAGCCUCUUCUGGACUGUAUAUAUUAUCCAGUACUGAUCUCUCCUCCUCUCCUCUGCCAGGUGGUGGUGAAGCUGCAACAGCUACAUGUGUCUCACCGACGCUACGCCUCCUGCUUCCCCCAGCACCCCUACCCCUCCAUCUUCCGCCUCAACUUCCACCAUCUCUACUACCCCCUGACCUAUGACCCCUACCCCUGUGACCCCGCCCCGUACCUUCGCAGGACUGCCGAGCUCAAGGCAAAGAGGAGGCGCGGCCGGCCCGCCAAAGCCAGCGAGCCAAUCACGUCCAAGCUGCCUUUUGUCCAGGGGUUUGGAUAUCCGCUGGCGGGGGGAAACUACUAUGCACCAUAUACCAUGCCUUAUGCCCCGCCUCUGAGCCUGGGCUACUACCCACCAUCACCCCCCUGUCUACCUUCCCCACCAUCCCCACAGCCCUUCACCACCCUCCCCCUUCAUGAGGCCUGCCGUCCCCCCUCCUAAGUUCCACUCUGGGGGCCACUCCAAACUCCAGGCGUCUAGCGGCCCACUGCAGGGCUCCUCUGGUCGGGGAGAAGGACUGGGAUCCCUGGGUGGUGGAGGUCUUGGAGGGGUACGGCUCCACAAGAGGAAACACAAGCACAAACACAAACAUAAGGAAGAGACCAACCUCCUCUCACCCCAUGACAGACAGGAGCUGGGCGGGCUCUUCAGCGGUGCCAAGACCAAUGGGCUGCUCAACCUGUUGACUGACAGGUGGGAGAUGACCAACCAGAAGCGUCAGGAGAAGCAGAGGGGGGGUGGGAGAGGCUCUAGAGGAGGAUCCAGGGGAGCGAUGUUUGAGUCGAACCCUCCCUCUUCUCUCUCUAUGGACCAUGUCCAGUUCCGCCAACGCACGCCCGGAGAGCCAGUGAACAGCUUCGUGAGCAGUUACAGUAGCCAAUCACUGCGUCCAGAGCUGACCUCGGACCUUUUCAGAUUGCGGGAGGAGAAGGAGGAGGGCAGUGGGCGUGGCAGAAGGAGGGGCUUAGCAGUGUUCGGAGAGGAAGGGGUGAUGUCGUUCCACAAUGCCAGGAAAGAGAAGAUCCAUGCAAGAGAAGAGUCCUUCCACAAUGCCAGUCCCACUCAAACAGGUAACAACGUAUUACUACUCUAUUAGGCUUAUUACCAUGUUAUAAUACAGCCCCACUCUAACAGGUAACAACGUGUUACUGACAGUAACAGGCUUAUUACCAUGUUAUAAUACAGCCCCACUCUAACAGGUAACAACGUGUUACUGACAGUAACAGGCUUAUUACCAUGUUAUAAUACAGCCCCACUCUAACAGGUAACAACGUGUUACUGACAGUAACAGGCUUAUUACCAUGUUAUAAUACAGCCCCACUCUCUCCAGAUAUCUGAUUGUUCAGAUUUAGCUCAAAAUAUGUUUUUGUACCGAGGCAGUGCAUGCAUUAAUUCCAGUCCCGAUAGUGGAAAAAAACAUCAGUAAUUGCUUAUUAUUCUUUUUUUACAUAAAAUGUGUAUAUAUAUAUAUAUAUAUAUAUAUAUAUAUAUAUAUAUAUAUAUAUAUAUAUAUAUAUGAUGUGGAUAGUGUUUAAGAUGUCUUCCCAGUUUUCGAAGCAGACGGAUGAACAUGUGUUAGCCUAUAGCAGACAAAGAGGCAGUCAGCUCCUAAAGCACCAAAUACUGAACAAAUGUGUUUUUGGUACAUUCUGUAUUCUGAGUGCAGCGAGCACAUCUGGCCAGAGAGAGAGAGAACGAAACGCAUGGCUGAAGAGGACUAUAAUUCACCAAUCUCUCCCUCCCUCCCUCUCAGCCUGCCAAUGGUUGGUCCCAGAGAUAUAUGAUUCCCAGGUUGUGAUUUAUAUUCUCCAGACAGGCAGUAAAAGGCUGUGGCUGUGUUAACGGAGCUGGCUACCAGCCAGGGCUUUAAUGAGUGGGGCCUAGUCCAGCGGAGGGGGAGAGAAGCCAGGGGCUCACUUAGAUUACAUCCCCCUCCCCAGGGGUCCCACGGGGGAUGACUCACGCACACACUACCCCCCUCUCUCUACCCCUUUUUCUCCCUCUCCCUUCCUCCAUCUCUUCGACUGCUCUAGACAGGGUAUACCCCCUCUUCCUCUCUAUUCCCUCACUUCACUCUCUCCUCUCAAUGUUCCCCCUAUUUCCCCCAUCUCCCCCGUCUCCCUCUCUCUCCUCCCUCUCCUCGCUCUUCCCUGUCUCCCUCUCUCCUCCCUCCACCAGCAUGACUUACUGCUACGCUCCACAGACCAGCCCCAGCCCAAUUAAAACACACACACACACACACACACACACACACACACACUCUGAUCUGAAAUUUAUAUUAUUCUCCACUCUUGUGUGAUUGAAUGUUUCUAAAUCAUUUCCUCCCUGUGAUUGGGUGUUUAUCUGAGCCUGAUUUGAACUGUGUGUGUGUGUGUGUCUGCUCCCACUAAUCAGCAGGUUCAACUGCACCUGACAGCAAUCUCUCACAAUUAUUUGCAUAAAAGCAGGUCAUCCUUUUUGCAGAGUUAAUGAAAGUGAUUUUCUCUGUGUGUGCGUGCACACACACACACACACACACAAUAUAAUCCUUCCUCCUGCAGUUCGCUGAAAGCGAAAUCUUAAACAGUUAAACAGGACACAGAACUGACCACAGACCAGUAACUUUAUUCUCCUCUGGACUGAGACAGAGCUAUAGACACUCAAGUACUGCUAAAGGUCAUCAGUUUUAUAAUGCGUAUACACUGAGUGUACAAAACAUGACAGGUGAAUCCAGGUGAAAGCUAUGAUCCCUUAUUUGAUGUCGCUUGUUAAAUCCACUUCAAUCAGUGUAGAUGAAGGGGAGGAGACAGGUUAAAGAAGGAUUUUUAAGUGUUGAGACAAUUGAGACAUGGAUUGUGUAUGUGUGCCAUUCAGAGGGUGAAUGGGCAAGACAAAAUAUUUAAGUGCCUUAGAACGUGGUAUGGUAGUAGUUGCCAGGCGCACCACUUUGAGUGUGUCAAGAACUGCAAUGCUGCUGGGUUUUUCACGCUCAACAGUUUCCUGUGUGUUUCAAGAAUGGUCCACCACCCAAAGGUCAUCCAGCCAACUUGACACAACUGUGGGAAGCAUUGGAGUCAACAUGGGCCAGCAUCCCUGUGGAAUGCUUUCGACACCUUGUAGUCCAUGCCCUGACAAAUUGAUGGUGUUCUCAAGGCAAAAGGGGGUGCAACUCAAAAUUAGGAAUGUGUUCCUAAUGUUUUGUACACUCAGUGUAUGCAGCUCAUAAAUUCCUGUCCCCGUGUGUGUCCGUGUUUAUGUCCCUGCGUGUGUGUCUGUGUGGUUCUGCGCCUCACAAAUUGCUGCUACUCAGUGCUAGUGUAUUGUCUCAGUAGAAGAGAAACUAUGGACAAGAGGCUUUAUUUUAUCAUGAUCAUAAUAUGAUGCAGGUCUUAUCUCAAUACCAUUGGUCAAGUUUACAAUACUAGAGUCUGGACUAAACGUUUUAUGUGUUUUGAAAUCAUCAGCAAGCAUUUGAUAGCUAGGAAGACCGAUGAUGGAUUCAAUAUGAAUUCAUUUGUGUGUCAUUCAAAUUUAUUUUGGUCUAUUUAUCACUUUGUUAGCCUUAGUGGUUAGUUAGUACUGUUACAUUGUCAUAGCUUAGAACAAUGUUGAGGAAAACCCUGAAAUACUGAGAAACCACACUGAAUAGGAGAGGAGAAGGAGGGAGAGACAAGGGAGGAUAGAGAGCGGUAGAGAGCGGUAGAGAGCAGGUGCGUUUAAAGGCGGCUGUUUUGGGGACUAUUGUGUCUGAUUGUGCUUUUCCUCCAUUUUGGCUUUGGUUCAAUCUGGGAACACUGCCCAGAGAGGAGGGGGUGGGGCUGUGAGAGAAGGGAAGAGGGAGGAGGUGGAGAGAGAGAAGAUCUGAAUUGCAUACUCCUCGCAUCCUCUAUCCUCGUCUCCUUCUCAAAACCCAUUGAAUGAGAAGGUCAGAGGUCCUUCCCAGACAGCAAGAGCAAGAGAGGGGAGGGGAAGGGGGGGGGGGGGGGGGUGGAGAGAGAUAGAGCUGUGUGUAUGAAGGGCAGAGUGCCCAGUUCAUCAGCAUGAAGGAAACAAUAUGGCUCCAGUUUCCUCUGCUCAGCUAAUCUUAUGCUGAAUUUGUGUGUGCAUGCGUGUUUGUGCAUUUGUGUAAUUAUCUGUGGUGCGUGUGCGUGUCUGGCCUGUUUGCCAGCCGGUGCUCCAGCACUGUUGUAUAGCGACACAUUUAAUGGUUGGACACAUUUCUGUGGGUUUCCUGCUAGCAGAAUGGAAGCUCCUCUCUCUCUCUCGCUAUUCAUCUUUCUCUUUCUCUCUCUCUCUCUAUCCAUCUCUCUCUCCUCUCUUUAGCACAGGAUUGAAUCUCUACUUCUGUCUCAGCUGCAUGGCAGGCCUGAAUAUGGCGGAAAUUAGCAGGAAGGAGCUUAAACAAAAAACUAAAUAUUUCAAUGAGCAGCAAUGUGGGCAUUUUUUUGUUGUAUUCAGGCCAAUUCUUUCUUGGUGACAUAGUCUUGUGAACACCCUGAUUUAUCUUUUGUUUCUUUCUCUGUUAAACAGCUUGAUAUAUGUCUUGUAAAAUCACCCCCCCCCCCCCUUUCCCUCUUCCCCAUCUUACAUUGUCAAAAUGUGAUCACACAACUAACUCUCUCCUCUCUCUCUCCUCUCUCUCCCCUCUCUGUCUGUCUGUCUGGCUGUGUCGCCCUCUCUUUCAUUCUGUCUCUCUCUGUCUAUGUCUCUCUCUCUGUCUCUCUUUAUCUGUCUCUCGCUCUCUCUCUGUCUGUCUUGCUCUCUCUGUCUCUCUGACUAUGUCUCUCUCUCUAUGUCUCUGUCUCUCUGUUUGUCUCUGUCUCUCUCUAUGUCUCUCUCUCUCUCUCUCUCUCUUUCAGGUGUUCCAGGUAAGAGGAGGUAUAAGCGUCAUGAGGUGGAACAGAUCCACGGUGAGGUCAGGAGGAUGUGUUCUCUCAACAAUGUGCUCAACAAUCAGAGGAGCUUUGAGCACGUACAGAAGAUCCUGCGUGUGAAGCGUCUCCAGCGCCAGGCCAAGACCGGCAACAACGUUGUCAAAAGGCGACCUGGUCGCCCCCGGAAACACCCCAUUGAUGAAUCUGAACCCAACAAUUACGGGAGCGACAUAGGGAGGGGCUUCGGGAUGCCGGUGCUGGAGAGGUGUGUGGACCUACCGGGAAGGCGGAGCUUAAGACCAAGUCCCGCCCCCCAGCCUCUGGAGUUUUCCAAUCACGACUCGAUCUCGGCGGCUAUUGAGUUGGUAGUGCACCGAGCACGCUCUCUGGUGUCCCCUCCGACCAGAGGAGGGAAACGCAGGGGUAGACCCAGGAAGGAGGAGGGAGGGGAUAUGGCCUUCCACUAG